UAUGUUGCACCUCGAGUUUGUAUCACGUGGAAUUCAAGCGUUAUCCUGUAAGCUGCCAUAACUAUCACAAGUCUUGUUUUUAUUGUGAAUUUCCAUGAAACGUGAAAAGAAAUGAAAUACUAAAGGAAAAGACCCCACCAAGUGUCCAACUUUGAUUUCGAUAAUUUUUCGUGAGAUGACAGUACCACGUGGAUCUCUAGUUAUAUAUAUAAAAUAUUAGGUAUAGAUAAUACUUGAUAGUUUUAAAGUUGUAAACAGUUAAACUUUCAUACCUAUUUGAAAAACACGUCUCAUCGUAGGGUUCGAGAUUCUCGAACUUGUAUGCGUACGAAUCUCGCAGCUAGGGAGAUUUACACCUUACCCCGCCAAUAGAGCUUUCAGGAAUUUCGUCGCAACCAUAGUGUAUCGAAGAGGUAUGAAAGUUUAAUUGUUUAUAUCUUUAAAACUAUCGAGUAUCUAUACCUAAUCUAUACCUAAUAUUUUACAUACAAUCAAAGUCGGACACUCGGGGUCCUUCUUGACUCGAGUAAAUAUUACAUGUGAGAUGAAACGAACAGAACAGUUGAUAGGAUGUACUAUAUCUUUCCGUUUGUGUGAAUAUAUAUUUUAUCUUCAUCCUUUUACUUAAUUAUGGCUUAUGAAACGAACGAGAAAAGUGUGAAUGUCACAGUGGUAGAAGACCAUGGCAAUCUUACGUCGAAAGAAAUACUGGAGAAACGAUUGCAAAUGAAAUCGGAGAAGGUUGAGUCUUUAAGCAGAGAAUUACGUCAAUGUAGAUCGCAAGGAGAUCAGUUCAAGUCAAUGGCGGAACAAAUGCAAGAAAAGUUUGUACAGUUGCAAACGCAGAUAAACAGUGCACAAGAUUCUAAUGGGUGUUACAACUUGGAGAAUCACUUUAAGACUUUGGAUCUACUAAUGGAAGCUCGGGAACAAAAUAAAUGUCUUAGAUUGCAAGUGUCGACUUUAAGACAAAAAUUGGAGGAUAGUGGAACAGAUGUGAAGACAUUGCAUAAGAGUACCGCGCAAAGUUGCGUGAAACAGCAAGGUCCCGAAUGCACUCCUGCUGUUCAUCAAAGGGAAGAAAUGAUAGAGCAGUUGGAAAGAUUGAACGUUAAGUUGCAGACGGAUUUACAAAUGGUUUUAGACGAGAAACACGAAUUGGAGAUGGAGAGGGAUGCUUUUAAAUGCAAAGCUCACAGAUUAAAUCAUGAACUGUCGAAAGCGUUAAAUGCCUCCAAACCGGUGGAUCUAGAUGCUCUUAUCAAUGAGAAUAGAUAUCUUCAGGAAAGAUUACAACAGUUACUAGAGGAGAAGGAACUUACGAGGCAAUCACUUUCAAAGUACAAAAGCAUGCUGGAUAGUAAACGGGUGAAAGGAUCUGUGAAAUUGGGAGCUAAUACAACUGCCGGUACAAUUAUGACGCAUAAACAAGUGGAACAGUUGCUCCAUCAUGAUUCUCACGUGCCGGUUCAGAAAUCUGCAGCAGCCAUGUCCGAUUUACGAUGUCUGUGUGUAGCUCUGUUGGAAGCGUUGAACGAUAAAACGUUAGCUUUGGCGCAUCAAAAGAAAGCAAACAAAAUAUUAGCAUUGAGAAUAUGCGAAUUGGACAACACGAUAGAAUCACCGUCAACGAAAUUGUUGGAAGGAUACACGGGUGCAAACGUUGACGCGAGAUGUGAAAAGGAUGUAGCGGAGCUAGUGGAGAAAACGGAAUGUAGCAUAGAAGAGGAAAAAGCGGUGCACAGUAUCGAAGAAACGGACAAGAACGAUGGCGCACGAGUCUCUUCGUCGGAAAGUCAAGUAAUGCAACAAUUGCAUUCGAUACAGAUGAGCCUUCCGAAAAAUUUGAGAGUUUUAGUUCAGAAGGCGAUAAACAAUUUAAAGGAGAGUGAUAGAGGGAAAGUGUAAACCGAUAUACACCGAAUCUUAAAGUAUUUAGAAUGAAACGGAGGCGAUCCACGCGUCGAAGUAGCACGCAUCGUCGUCGCCCGUUAUCUAGUCUCGCUGCACAGACGACUAAAAUUCAGUGUAUCAUUAGAGUGAUGUAUUAGAUGGCCUGUGCGAGAUAAUAUCGAAUACGAAUGUUAUUUUAAGCGAACAUGCGAUCAAUAAUCGUCCCGCGUAUGGAAUUUCCUCUUUCUAACGAAACGAUUGUUGAUGGAGUGAUCGUGUAAGAUAAGAUAUCAUUUGCUCUCUCACCUUUGGCGCAAAAUGGAAUUCAACUGGAUUAACCACGAACCGAUGAUAAUGUUUCCCAUAAUUUCCGAUUUGUUACUUGUUUUAUUACCGAUUUUUACUCUGCUGAAAAAUGUCAAACAUUCGAAAGUUCCGAUUACUUUUUGUUUCUCGUGAGUUUAUGUCUUUUGGUAGAACAAACAAUAAUGGAAAAGAUAAUUAGAAAACCGUGUUACCGCUCCGUGAACAUUCGUCUUUCUCUUUGAUUGAAUUUCGAAUUUAAAUGUUCGUUUGGUAAACGUUUGUACCGUUGCCUUCCGCGCAUUUGUACCUUGGCCCGGAAAUAGGGAAUUAAAACAAUUGCGAAUGGUACGAUCAUAAGCAUAAGAAUGAAUUCAGCUGCAACACACACCUGCCGCAAAAAGAGUUUCUGCUCUCGUUUCCCGUUCGUUUCUCGUUCCCGUUCCCAUUCUUGUUCCCAUUCUUGUUCCCAUUCUUGUUCCCGUUCACGUGCCGCGUUUGCUUCAAGUAUGCCUCGAUAGGCUGACGUCUUUUUUGCUUUCCACGCUUCGAAGGACAAUCCGUUUUCGUUUAAUCGUCGCGUCGUCGAAGCUCUAAAAUAAUUGGCUCGUAUCACGGAAACCGAAUAAACGUUACGCGACGAAUCGUUCGGGAAGAAGCUGGAUUACGACCUGGUACCGUUCGGGUGUAUCCGGAGUUUCUCCGGGACAAGGUUCGUUGCGCUUUUCGAUCGGUCCGAAGAAUUUGCUCGCUUAAACGAGUUAUUCCAAAUUUCGAUAAAGUUUAAGUCCGUUCGCUGUGAAAAGGGAGGAGGAAUUCGUGAUUUUUCGAGUGCAAACGGUUGCAGUGUCAGGUUCAAACGACGACUGUAGCGUACCUCGACAGGAAUGUCGACUGAAACAGCCCGAGUGUCCGUCCUUGACGGGUUGUCGCGAUUUCUGGAAGAAGAUGUUAUUAUUUCUUCAUCUGCCGUAGUACCGUUUGCGUUUUCGUUGGUAUCGCUCGAUAGAACCGUAGCCGCCUCCGUAAAAAGUCGACUCGUACGACGUUUGUGCCGGUGUCUGCGACUAUCGCCGGAUCUAUGGGAUUUGCGGUGAAGCAAAGUUCCCGAUAUAUCCUGGAAUUAAGAGAGAAACGGAUGUUCGAGACACGCAUGGGUAGAAGCGACAGAAAGGAGCGUUAAGGACUCUGACUGGCUCGUUGAUCGGUGGCGAAGUUGUUUCGUUUUCUUUGCGACUGGUAUCCUUCGAUUUCGAGGAUUUCUUGAAACACCAUUCUUCGUAAAUCGUUCGAUGGAAUUGAAUAAUCUGUUCUACGUGGAAACACGGACAAGGUACAUUCUCGGUCUACGAAUCGCGUUGAUCCGCGCGCUUCACUAACCGUUAUUUUCCAUCGCUUCGUUCACCGCUCGCUCGACGAGACUCGAGAAAUUUUCAACCGAGACACUUUUGCUUUUCAUAUUGAACUCGAAUCGUUUGAAUUUCGUGAGAAUUUCGAAAUCCUGGACCAGAGCGACUCGACGAACGCUGUUAACGAUCGCGAAGAUUGUCGGGUAACUUUGGAGUUGCGCAAAGAUUACCCGACAUCGGGUAAAUCGUGGCGAAUUAACCAAACGGAGGAACGGAAGAGAAACAGGCGCGAGAAAUUUACUUGGAAAUCGAAAGUUCGAGUACGAAAGAGUAGAGAUUCGCAUCGAGGAAUCAUGACCGUGGCGUUUGCGGCUGAUUUCUCGAUAAAUAUUUCGAUCGUGGCGGGUUGCAGUUUUAAAGGGGGGCACAGCAUUUGCUUUUCUUUAUUUCCAAUUUCUCGAAUUCUAAUUAGUUGUUCGAUAUAUUCGUAUGCGCGUAGAUAAAAGUAAUAUUAAGGUUUGCUAUGUACACAAGCACGAAUACGAAUGCGAAUGCGAAUGCGAAUGCGAAUGCGAAUGCGUAUGAUUUUCUAACGGUAGAAAUCGUAACAAUAGCAACGACGACAGAAGUAGUAGCAGUAAUACUAAUGACAAUGGUGACGAUAAAAAUACAAUUAAUAUAAAUAUUAAUAGGAAUAAUAAUUAAAAU